UGGGGGCUUUAGGCGCUAAAUUUAUAUGUGCUGUACAGCGCGUGAUACGUUGAGUGUGAAUUCCUAUGGCGCAGAAGAUUUUCCAGUCCUUCCGUAGGAUUCCAGGACAUUUCCCUGCUUUUCGUAAAAAAGAGGAGCAUCUAGAUGUUCAGGGGUCGAGAUAUAGGGUUUCUGUCGUAAGGAAUGCUUUUAUUGUUGAUAUUCUUAGUGUUCUGAUUAUGGAUUUCCUUCUAAACCUACGUCAGUUGCCUAUGACCCUGUUAUCGAUAUGUUAGCUGUCCUUACGCGUGAUGGCAACAUUUAUGUGUAUCCUUUUAGAUACGCUGAUCAGUCUAUUGCCUUUUUAGUCUCAACCAUGGUGCGUGUUCAUAUCAAAGACUGUGUAUUUUUAUAUUUUUUAUUUAUCGUACUAAGUCUUUUAGCUGUUGUGAUUCACUAAGCUGAUGUGUCAAAUAUACAGGUAAUUUCCAGCUUGUUUUCAGACAUCUAAGCCGUGUUUUUUAAUCCACCAAAUUCUCUGUGUUGUCUUGUUUUAAGUCCUGAAAUUUUAGAGAUUUACGAAUACGAUUGGUCCUUCUUAAUCAGUAGAUUUGCAGCUAUGAGUAGCCUUAUAUAUUUUGGGUUUUGUCGAAAACUUCAAGUUCACUUUAUGGCAGUUCGUGUAUCAUACAUUUCACUUUUCUGUAUUGCCAUAACUUAUCUAGACUGCUCUAAAAGUUGCUCUUGUGACUGAUGAACCUACCAUUUUCGGCUGGUUUUCGUCGAAACGACAUUCAAAGGCUUAUUUUGUUAGUACCUGCGAAAUACUUAUGGUGUGGUAUUAAGGUUCAUCAUGGGUGUUGAAAAUACAUGUUCUAAAAUUUUGAAAUCGCAUUUCUUUAGAUUGAGAAAGUUGUAAUUCUCAUUUGAAAAGUCGAGUUCUUAGGUCCUUUACUCUUCGUUUAAAUACAAUUCCUUAACGCUUUGUAAGAUACGGGAAACCAGGAAUAUCGUUUUCUGCUGUACAUGAAACGAACGCUCAGUAUAUUCAAGUGGUUUUCUUGACCGGCAGUAGAAAACUGAUUACAUUGACUGAUUCAGAUGAUAUGUACUUAUGGGAGUUGACUUCAGUCAGUCAAACAUCUUGUCAACUGGUCCAAAGAUCAUGUCUCAAAAGAAUUAUAAGUCAACUAAAGUCUUUGCCAACUGGAGUUCCAAGUAUUUCAACCAAUAACGAAGAAACUAGUCACGUUACUGCUUUGUGCUACGCCUCCGACGGUCGUAGCAUCCUGAUUGGAACUGAUAAUGGUUGGGUUGCCUCUGUUCGUUUAAAUACAAAUACAGCCACUGACGACUUCACGAAAUUCUGGUGCUUACCUUCAGCUGAUGAUGCAAUUAAUCCUUCUCGAAUACUUGAUGGCAUUUCACCUGAUCGUCGUCAGCGUCUGCGGGCAGAUGCAGUUGUGGUUUUAUUAGAAAGGCCAGGGUUUCCUGGACAGCUAUUAAUUGGCUACAAUUCUGGUCUAAGUUUAUUAUUUGACCUCCGUUCAGAUCGUAUUAUGGCACUAUUACCGUGGCAACAUGGCUUGGAAGCUGCCGCUUGGUGCGGCGGUAGUGGCCAACCAAAUAGGUCAAACCCAACAUCUCAUCAACCCCAAUUAGGGAUGCGUCUCUUGACUGCGCAUUCGGACGGAUCUCUGGGAGUUUGGAGUUUGAAGGAAAUCGGCUUCGGUACAACAACAAUAUCUCCCAUUCAACCACCCCUGCUUCAAAUGGAAGAAGCUCCAAGCAUGCCUUAUGGACCUUUCCCGUGCAAACUGAUCAGCAAAGUCUUCUGGCUUCCAUCUGAUCUGGGAGGUAUUACUGUAUUUGUUGGUGGAAUGCCACGUGCCACUUAUGGUGAACGUCAUACUGUAAGCAUAUUGCGUGGAUCCAAUAUUGAUCAAGCUGCUAAUGCCAGUGUUGUUGCUGCCCGACUUGCUGUAGCAGCUGAAGCUGAAGAUGAUGAUGAAAUACCAGAAGAAAGUUCAUUAUCAGCUCCUCCUAUACACGUUUUUGAUUCUGAUGCACCUGAACAUGUAUGUUUGGACUUACCAUCAAGUCUUGUUGAUUUAGUUCCUGUUGGUUCUGUUGACGGACCUGUUCAAAUACUAAUACUUUUAUGUGAAGAAGAAAUGGUUGUGAUUGAUCUUAUAACUUCUGGCUGGCCUUUUAUGCGUCCUCCUUAUUUAACUUGCUUGCACACAACAUCCCUUACUACAUACAAUUUAAUUACACAGGUUAGCCCAACCUUGCUGUCAAAUCUUGAAGCUGCCGGUGCUUAUUAUGGUCCUGAAGGGCGUUUUGGUCGUGGAGGAGCAAUUGCAGAUAAUCCAUCAGGUGGGGGUUGGUCCUCUCUCCCUUGGCCAAUACAAGGUGGUCAUGCAUUAAUUAAUGGAUCUCGGUUGUCUACAAGCUCUUUGGGUGGAAAUAUUCUGUACACAGAUGACUUACUUCUUACUGGUCACGAGGACGGUUCUGUUGCAUUUUGGCGGCUCAGUGCAGGAGGCUGCCUUCGACGCAUUUAUACCUUAUAUACAGCUAUAUUAUUUGAAGAUGUCAGCCAAUUGCUUCGAAAAUGCUUUAGUAACAAGAUCACUGUUAAUCCAGAACAAGCUACUCCACUCCCUGCUCAAUUACAAGCUACAGGAGUUAUUUUCGUACAGCCUCCUGCACGUAUUACAUCACUUCUUUCAAGUGAAUUUGAAUUAACUCAUCUAAAAGAAUUUAGUCAAAACCAAACAAGUAACAUUGGUGGUGAUGGCGGUUUACAAAUUUUACUUGCUCUUGGUACACCACAUGGUUUCGGUGUAGUUUUUGUACCGAAACCUUUAUCUAAUAAUGAUUCAAAUACAAAAAAACCAUUACCUCCUCAACCAUUACUUGCUGUGUCAACAAUACCGGAUAAUAUUGAUGCUCUUCAAGAAGCUGCUGCUGGUGAAGGUUGGGCAAGGCGACGUACUCGAGAACUUAAAAAAAGUCUUCGUGAUUCGUUUCGACGUCUUAAAAGAGUACGAUCAACUAAAUCAAAUUUUCAACCAGUUGUCCCAGCUUUUACUGCUAAUGUUAGUCGUGCUGGCAUUCGACGUACUGUUACUCAAUCUAAUCGUGCUGCUCCCAAUCAAACUGAUGUGGCUCCUCUUGAUGAAGCAGAAAGACGUAGUGGACGUGUCCCAGAUGAAAAUAUAUUAUUAAUAUCACAGUAUAAUAUUGAAAGAGAAAUAUGCGAUCGUGUUCAAGAUACUGCUAAUGUAGCUAUUGUAUCCUGUUUUGCAUUUGGUCCACCAUUGUUUAAAUCAAGUCCAUCAAAUUCUCGUCCAAUGUUACAUUCAGUUGCUACACUUUUUAUUGGUACUAAAGCUGGAACUGUUAAAUUAUAUUCUAUUUUUGUUGACAAAACAACAUUAAAUUCUAGCGUUCUACCUAAACUACAACUGUAUUAUUCUCGAGAACUUAUUUUACAACAUCGUGCUCCUGUUCUAUCACUUCGUCUAAUCGAUGCUAAGUCAAAUAUGCCGUACUCAUUAUCGGAUUACAAACAUUACAUAUCUGAUUCUGGUAAAUCUCAUAAUCUACCUGUAUUAUCAGUUGUGAGUGAAGAACAAAUAAGAUUAUUUAAUUUGCCUAAUUUACACCUAAAAUUCAAAGCUCGUAUUACCGCUAUUGAUGGUUAUCGUAUCAAAUCUGCUUCAGUAGUUGGAUUUCGAAUACACGGAAAAACCAGUUCAUCUUUAUCAAAAGAAUCCACUGUUGAUUCUGCUUGUGGUGAUCUUGAACGUUCAAAUGCAAGUGGUAUAUCUGUAACAUCUCAAACAAAUCAAAACUGUGAAUAUUCAUUUGUUUUUACAAAUGUUGGUGGUCAAGCUGUUUUACUUAGUAUGCCCCAACUUCGACGAAUGGAUACCUUACAUUUGCUGGAUUCUCAUGAUGUAGUUGCAGUCAGUUCAGUUGUAUUUUCUCAACCUGGCAGUAUAAAUGUAAAUACUUCGGGUUAUGUUCCUGGACCUGCUCUCGGGCUUUAUCAGUUGGCACCUGGUCAACUUACACUUUUUGACGUUGUACGUAGUGGACAAAAAGCUAGCUCACUUGGAGUAUCUUAUCGUCCUAUAUAUCGACUAUCUCUUAUUGGCAAUCCAAAUGCAAACAUGAAAACUUUAUCCGAAAAGACAAAUAGUACUGGAGAUAGUAGAAUUUCUAAUAGAAGUGUUUUAUCGACCAGUCAGUUGCAUAAUAUAUCACAGACAUCUAGUGUACUUAGUUCAUCCGUACAAAAUCAAUCAAAUUCUAUGUCAUCACACAAUCUAAGUGAUUCAAUAAGAAAUGGUCUCGUUUCACCUUCUGUAUCAUGUACAAGUGAUAGAAAUAAUCACAGGAAUCGUGUAUCCUAAAUAAUAUAAUUGAUUAUUCGAUUUAUGCUAAUCUCUCAGUAACUAUAUACUAGGUCAGUGCUACAAUUUACCGCAAACAUAUCAAGCUUUUUCUUUUUUCCUCUCCCUUCUCUCUCUCUCUCUCUCUCUCUCUCU